GGCAUCAUUCAACAAACACAUGUAACCUCCCAAGGUUGAAGGUUUUAGGCAACGACCCCCCCACAAUCACUGAUUCACAAUGUCUUCGUCUUCCCUGAGCUCCAAUGACCUGCACAGGAUUUUCCACAAGCUUGACCGAAAUGGUGAUGGCCUGGUGAGCCUUGGGGAGCUCAACUGGCUGCUUGAGAGAGUUGGUGUGCAGUACAGCCUGGAUGAGCUGGAGAGUCUCGUGGGGAACACCACCCUCGAUUUUAAUGAGUUCUUGGUGUUCUAUGAAUCCAUUUCGACCGAGAAAACGGGAGAGAGCGAGGUGGAGGAAGAGGAGGUGAAGGAGGAGGAGGAGGAGGAGGACGUGGGUGACCUAGCGAAGGCUUUCAGGGUGUUUGACUUGAACGGAGAUGGGUUCAUCACAUGUGAUGAGCUUCAGAGCGUGCUGUCCAGACUGGGAAUGUGGGAGGAGAAUGGUGGAGGUGAUUGCAGGAGCAUGAUCAAGGUGUAUGACACCAACUCUGAUGGGGUUCUUGAUUUUGAGGAGUUCAAGAACAUGAUGCUCCUCAGUACCAUCUGAACUCCAUCCAUCCAUCUUCAUCAUGAUUCUGCAUCCAUGCUUUUCAUCUUUGUACCACUACCCCAUCAUUAAUCUUCGUUCCUAUAUUUUUUUUUUUGUUAUCAUCUCAAUAAUCCACUGUAAAAUUUCGUGAAUCGGAAACUAUAUAUUAUUAUUAUUAUUAGUAUUA